AUGGACGCUUUAGACGUUUCGAGAAAUUUGUCAAAUAUUGCUGAUGCAUUGGCUGGUGAUGCGGUUAGUUUUUCUUUCACUUUGUCUGUUCUAAUCUUGAUUUUUUCCAGUCUAGAAACACUACCGAGCUUCUGGAGCAUCUUAGUGUAACAUUAGAAGAGCUUAGAACAAUUUCUAGUAUUUGCAAUACUCAUUCAAAGCAGGCUCAUGAACAAUUGGAAGCACUUGAUUUGCAGACCGAAAAAUUCGGAGAAACUUUUGAGAAAAUUGAUAAUUUGAAACAAUAUAUGACCGAUGUUUGUUUUUUUGUGUUAUUCAGAAAAUUUCGAAUGCAUUUAUCAACGUUUCAGAUUAAAAUCAAACUCGCCAAUUUGGAUCAUUUUUGCACAUCGCUUGAACGGCAAUCUAAUUCAUAA